AUGGCUGCCAUUUCCGUGUUCGUCCCCCGCAUCAAGCUGGGCUCGCAGGGACUAGAGGUUUCCGCGCAGGGCCUCGGCUGCAUGGGCAUGUCCGCUGUCUACGGUCCGCCCAAGCCCGAGCUUGACUUGAUCAAGCUCAUGCACCACGCCGUCGCCGCCGGGGUCACCCUCCUCGACACCGCCGACAUGUACGGCCCUCACACCAACGAGAUCCUGCUGGGCAAGGUCGGUUUUAGAUACUUGUUUUUCAAGUUUGCACUGAAGAUGUCCGAUGUAAUAAUGCUUCUGAAUUCUGAGAAGGCGCUUCAAGGCGGGGUAAGAGAGAAGGUCGAGCUGGCCACCAAGUUUGCCGUCUCCUUCGCCGACGGCAAGAUGGAGGUCCGCGGUGAACCAGCAUACGUGCGUGCAGCGUGCGAGGGCAGCCUCAAGCGGCUCGGCAUUGACUGCAUCGACCUCUACUAA